ACCGUAACGGGGGAAGCCAAUUCAGACAAGAAAUUCACAGGAAUUUUUCUGCUUUUGCUCAUUCCGUACUUACUUCCGCAGUCGACGAACCAGCGAGUGGUGAAGGUUCAUCAGAGGAAGAUUUCAGUGACAUAAUCGGAAGAAGAAAUCACAGAGAUGCGUGGUUACGGUUUGGCUUUAUCUGGUACUGAUUCACGUUGCUUUGUACCGGCGAUGCCUUCGAUUUUCUCUCCGAGAAGAGCCUCUCCGUCGGUAGGAAAUUCGCAGGUUCUGUUUCCGAAAUCGACACGGACUCCUUCUCUUUGCGUCAGAGCGAAGGCAGCCGUCGUCGACGAGGCGGUUGUCUCCGACGCUGUUGAGAUUAGCUUCUACGAUCUUUUAGGAAUACCGGAGUCGGGGUCUAUGGCGGAGAUUAAGCAGGCGUACAAGCAGUUGGCUCUGAAAUAUCAUCCGGACGUCUCGCCGCCGGAUAGGAUCGAGGAGUAUACCAGAAAGUUCAUCAAGGUUCAGGAGGCGUACGAGACGUUGUCUGAUCCUAGUAUGAGAGCUUUGUAUGAUAGAGACAUGUUGGGAGGCCUUCACCUUGCUUUCUCUUCUCGAAGACGUGGCAACAACGAGGAAAUGGAAGUGAAAAGUGGGUGGAAGAGCCGUUGGCAGGAUCAGCUAUCAGGCUUGAGGAGAAGAAGCAUGAACAAAGAUUCAGGAGCAAGCAUGUCGUGGGGAGCUCGAAUGCGCAGGCAAAGGGACGAGCUUAACGACGACGACGACGACAUGUAAUUUGGUUUCUCCCUUGCUCUAAAACUUUCAACCUUCCUGCACAUAGCUGAUACAAUAUACAAUAGCUGGAUUCAAGAGCUUAAUUAGCACUCUUUAUACACAGCCUACUGAGUACUAGAACUUCUACUUCCACUAUGAAACCCAAAUUGUUUAGAGCCCAAAAAUUGGGAAGUUUUUCAUAGGGAAUGUAAAUCACUAGCAAACUAGUAUUCAAUGUAUAUAUAUAUGGAAAUUAAAAUUUCUCGAGUACUUUGAGUUUCUAAACUGAUCUCAGAA